GCUGUUCGGCAGAUUGGAGCGAGCACAGGCCGGUUUGAGGAGGACACGGGUCACUACAACACGGAGCUCCGUUCAUUUCCCGGAGCCUCUCCUGGUCUAGGAGUGCAGUGCGUCCAUGAUCUUUCCUGUUCUGUCCUCAAUCUUGAUGUGAGAUACUGCCGAACCUGUGAGAUGCCACUGCCACUACCAUCCCGAAGCUCCAAACCUGAGACUAAGAAAUCUCGGUCCAGCAAAAUUGUGCCCAGUGGUAAUAAUGGCCAAUCCGAAAAGAGAGGGGAGAAUUAUCAAGAAAAGAUAUCUUCAUCUUCACCUAGAAGACUAUGCAAAAAAAGAUCAGCUUUUGAAGAUCUCACCAAUGCUUCUCAAAGUCAACCUGCCCAGCUCAAGAAGGAAGCCAAUAAGGAGUUUGUUAAAGAUGUUCCCAAGAAGAUAAAAGGGAACACACCUGCUCUUGGUUUGGCCAAAAGCAAUGAGGUGAAUAUGGUAAGUUAUAAGCUGGAAUCCUCACCAGGAGUAGUCUCUACUACCUUGGUACCAAAUAUUACAGAGAAACCACUCAUUCUGGAGAGAUCUACCACCUCCGGAACAAUCACUACUGAGGAGGCAUCAUUUUUCAGAAAGCCAUUAAUUUUAAAAGAGGAAUCCACUACUGAGGACACAGGCCUUAUCAAGAGGUCAUUGUUUUUAAAGAAGUUCACAAAUAAGGGAGAGAUAUCCCUCAUGGAGAAACCAACAUCUGUACAGGAGGAGGCUGACAGCAAUGAUGAGUUUGUUGUAAAGCUGAUCACUUUUGGGAAGAAGCAUAAAACUGAGGAGGUAGCCAUCACCAAAGGAACAUUAUCCUUAAAGAAGAUGUGCACAUAUCAGGAGGACUUGGCUUUGCAAGACAUCACUGUUGAAGAGAAUUCCUUCUUUAUGGAACCAACAAACUUCAGAAAGAAGCCUAAAACAGACGAUGUAACCCCCACCAAGAAGAUGUUAUCUUUAAAGAAGAAGAAGUAUAUCACUCUGGGGAAGGUGUCCCGUAUGAAGAAACCACUAGUAUUGCAGAAGACCAACUCUGAAGAUGAGUCCCCCCUCAUUAAGGAGCCACUGGCUUUCAAGAAGAAACCUACCAAGAAGGAGACAACCUUCACCUUGAGGCCAUUAUCUUUAAAGAAGUAUACUACUCAGGGGAAGAUGGCUCACUUGAAAAAGCCAUUAGAAUCCCAGAACACCUCUGGAGAGAAGGCACUCAUUAAGGAGCCAUUGUCUUUUAAAAAGAAGCCUAUCACUAAGGAGGAGUCUCUCUUCCAGGAGUUUUCUGCAUCGCAAGAGAAGCACACCACUGAUAGGGAGGUGGUCCUCUUGAAGAAGCCACAGGUACUGCAGGAGGAGAAAGACAGUAAGGAUAAAUUUCUUAUGGAGCCAAUGUUCCUUAGGAAGAAAUGUACUACCAAGGAGACAAACCCCACCAAGAAGCCAUUACCUAUAAAGAAGAAGUGUACCAUUCAGGGGAAGAUGUACUACUUGAAGAAGCCACUAGUAUUGCAAAAGACCACCCCUGGAGAGGAGUCAUUUGUUAAGGAGCCACUGUCCUUUAAGAAGAACACCACUGAGCUGUCCAUGUUGCAAGAGAAGUACACCACUCAGGAGGAGGUGUCUGUCUUGAAGAAGGCCUUGACCUUGCAGAAGACACUUACUGAGGAGGAGUCACAUUUAAAGGAGCCUUUGGCUUUUAAGAAGAAACAUACCACUGAGGAGGCAACCCCCACCAAGAAACUAUCCUCUCUGAAGAGGAAAAGGUUUACUGCUCAGGGUAAGAGGUCCUGCUUGAUGAAGCCACUAGUAUUGCAGACCUCCUCUGGAGAGAAGACACACAUUAAGGAGCCAUUGUCCUUUAAAAAGAGGUCCGCCAUUGAGGAGUCUUUCUUUAAGGAAUCACCUGUGUUGCAAGAGAAACAUACCAUGCAGGGGGAGGUGGCCCUUUUGGAGAAGCCAGGGGCAUUGCAGGAGAAUGUCAGUAGUGAAGAUGAAUUUCUUAUGGAACCAAUUUCCUUUAGGAAGACACAUACCACAAAUGAGGUGGUCUCUACCAAGGAGCCUUUAUCUUUAAAGAAGAAGAAGUGUACCACUCAAAUAACGAUGUCCAUCUGCCAAGAACUGUUGGACUUGCAGAAUAUAAUUAGCAAAGAUAAGGCUUCCUUCUUUAUGGAGCCAGUGUCACUUAGGGAGAAGUCUUUAGCUGAGGAGGUAAUCCUUACCAAGACACCAUUAUCUUUAAAGAAAAAGGAAAUCACUCAGGGGAAGAUAUUCCUCUUAAAAAAGCCACUGGUCUCAGAGAAGACCACCUCUGAAGAAGAGUCACUCUUUAAGAAGCUAUUGCCCUUUAAUAAAAAGUCUACAACUGAAGGGGAGUUCCUCUUCCAGGAUCCAUCAGUACUGCAAGAGAAGCAUACCACUCCACAGGAGGUAUCCCUCUCAACUAAGCCAUUGACCUUGCCAGAAAAGACCACCACUGAAGAAGAGCCCUAUAUUAAGGAACCAUUGACCUUAGAGGAGAGGCCUACUACUAAGGAGGAAUUCCUUUCUCAGGAGCCAUUUUCAUUGCAUGCUAAACCUACCAACGAAGAUGAAUCCCUCUUCUGGAAGGCUUUGGGCUUGCAAAAGACUCAAACCAAGGAGGACUCCUUGAAGAAGCUAUUGACUUUGCAGGAGAAAAACACUACUGAUGAGGAAUCCCUUUUAAAUAAACCAUCAAUUCUGAAGGAGGAGCUCUCCACUAAAGUGGCAACAAGCAUUGAGAAGGAAUUAUCUUUAAAGAAGAAACCCACUGCUCAGGGGGAGGUAUUCCUCUUGAAGAAGCAGUUGGCCUUGCAAGAGAACAUUACCAAUGAAGAAUCCCUUAUUAAACAGCCACUGGCUUUUCUGAAGCCCAGCAUUGAGGAGGCCAUCCUAAGGGAGUCCUUGGCCUUGCAGGAGAAGCCCAGAAGUGAGGAGGAGACCCUUUUCAAGGAGCCAUUGUCCUUUCAGGAGAAACCUACCCUCAAUGAAGCAUUCCAUUUCAAGGAGAUAAUUUCCUUGAAUGAGAAACACAGCACUGGGAAGGAGUUGUCUUUGAAGGAGCCAUUGGCCUUGCAAGAGAAUCCCACCCAAAAGGAAGAUACCUCUCUUGAAGAUUCCUUGAUCCUCCAAGUUGAAACCAGCUCACGUGUGCCCAGCACUCCUCCUGAAUCCAGAGCAGGCAUGUCCAGUGUGGGCAAGUUGAGUACCACAAGCAAGUCCAGUGUUUGUGAAUCCAGUUCCAAUAAACCUUCCUCAUCUUGGGGCGAGAGCUCACAGAAGGAGAUGACCCCAUUGGAGGAUAUUGACAGGAACCACGGUGAUCCAUUUUUCAACUCAAUAUAUGCCAAGGAUAUCUUCAGUUACAUGAAGGAGAGAGAGGAAAAGUUCAUACUUAAAGAAUACAUGAAUAAGCAGACUGACAUCAGUAGUUGCAUGAGGGCCAUUCUUGUGGACUGGUUGGUAGAGGUGCAGAUGACCUUUGAGAUGAGUCACGAGACCCUGUACUUGGCAGUAAAACUGGUGGAUCACUACCUUAUGGAGGUAAUAUGCAAGAGGGAUAAGCUACAACUCCUUGGUUCCACUGCGUUUCUGAUUGCAGCAAAAUUUGAGGAGCCCUGCCCACCUUGUGUGGAUGACUUCCUAUAUAUCUGUGAUGAUAUUUAUCAGCGACAUGAGAUGCUCAGCAUGGAAAUCAGCAUCCUGCAAACUCUUAAAUUUGAUAUCAACAUUCCCAUCGCCUAUCAUUUCUUGCGCAGAUAUGCUAGGUGUCUGCAUGCCAGCAUGAAGACACUGACUUUGUCCCGCUUCAUCUGUGAGAUGACUCUGCAAGAAUACGACUAUGUCCAGGAGAGGGCUUCCAAGCUAGCUGCUGGCUCCUUCCUCCUGGCCCUCUACAUGAUGAAGCUCAGAUACUGGGUUCCUGCCCUGGAGUAUUACAGUGGCUAUAAGACCUCUGAUCUUCACCCCUUGGUCAAGCAGCUAAACAUCCUGCUGACAUUGCGUCCUUCCAAUAAGCUCAAGACUGUGUAUUCCAAGUAUUCUCACCAGGUCUUCUUCGAAGUCACCAAAAUUCCUCCCUUGGACAUGUUGAAGCUAGAGGAGAUUUUGAACUACUGCUAAUUCUGAGGCUGAGGAUCUGGCACUCUGGCAGCAACCACCAGGUCCAGUCAGGCAUUUAAAUAAGCUGUUAUUUAUUCUCUUUGAAUUUCUCUUUUGAUCACUGUUCUUUAUUUUUACUCUUUUAUUUGUCUUUUCUCAUAUUGAUAAUCUUAUAAAUAUUUAAGUUUUUUAUGAAAGAAAAGAAAUUAUUAUAGUAUUUAAGUGAAAUUUAAUA